AUGAGGAAGCAGAGCAAGGUGGCGCUGCGGCAGCAGAGCAAGGACAAUGUCACCGAGUCGGUGGCAGACCUGCUGGCCCUGGAGGCACCGCUGGACUACAAGAGCAGCCAGAUGAGCAUGAAUGUGCCGCAGCCGGUGGCGGCCGGCGUCGGCGCCGCCAAGACCAAGCUGGAGCCCUCGCCGGACGACGAGGAGGACGGGCGGCCCGCCUGGAACAACAAGAUCGAGUACAUCCUGGCCCAGGUGGGCUUCUCCGUCGGCCUGGGCAACGUCUGGAGGUUCCCCUACCUGUGCCAGAAGAACGGCGGAGGUGCGUACCUGGUGCCGUACUUCAUCCUGCUCCUGCUGAUCGGCAUCCCUCUCUUCUUCCUGGAGCUGGCCGUGGGACAGCGUAUCCGCCGCGGCAGCAUCGGGGUCUGGAACUACGUCUACCCACGACUGGGGGGCAUCGGAGUAUCCAGCUUAAUUGUGUGUGCUUUCGUGGGCCUCUACUACAACGUCAUCAUUGGCUGGAGUAUCUUCUACUUCUUCCAGUCCUUCCAGUACCCUCUGCCCUGGGCGGAGUGCCCCAUCCGCAGGAACGGCUCCCUGGCCUAUGUGGAGCCGGAGUGUGAGAAGAGUUCAGCGACGACGUAUUUCUGGUACCGUGAGACUCUGAACAUCACCAGCACCAUCGCGGACAGCGGAGGGCUGAACUGGAGGAUGACCCUGUCUCUCCUGGGCGCAUGGAUCAUCGUAUGCCUGGCCGUCAUCAAAGGCAUCCAGUCCUCCGGAAAGGUGAUGUACUUCAGCUCGCUCUUCCCCUACGUUGUGCUGUUCUGCUUCCUGGUGCGAGGCCUGAUGCUUAAAGGGGCCACGGACGGCAUCGCGCACAUGUUCACGCCCAAGCUGGAGAAGAUGCUGGAGCCUCAGGUGUGGCGUGAGGCGGCCACGCAGGUGUUCUUCGCCCUGGGCCUGGGCUUCGGCGGCGUCAUCGCCUUCUCCAGCUACAACAAGCGCGAUAACAACUGCCACUUCGACGCCGUGCUGGUGUCCAUCAUCAACUUCAUCACCUCCGUGCUCGCCACGCUGGUGGUGUUCGCCGUGCUGGGCUUCAAGGCCAACAUCAUGAACGAGAAGUGCAUCGUUGACAACGCAGAGAAGAUUCUGGGCUACCUGAACACGGGGGUGUUGAGUCACGACCUCAUCCCGCCGCACGUCAACUUCUCUCACCUGACGCAGGAGGACUACGCGGAGAUGUACGGCGUCAUUAAGACGGUCCGCGGGGACACCUUCGGACAGCUGGGCCUGGACCAAUGCCUGUUGGAGGACGAGCUCAACAAGGCGGUCCAGGGCACGGGUCUGGCCUUCAUCGCCUUCACGGAGGCCAUGAUCUACUUCCCGGCGUCGCCCUUCUGGUCGGUCAUGUUCUUCUUCAUGCUCAUCAACCUGGGCCUGGGCAGCAUGAUCGGCACCAUGACCGGCAUCACCACGCCCGUGCUGGACACCUUCAAGGUGCGCAAGGAGUACCUCACAGUGGGCUGCUGUAUAGUGGCGUUCUUCUGUGGUCUGCUGUUUGUGCAGCGAUCUGGUAACUAUUUCGUCACCAUGUUUGAUGACUACUCGGCCGGGCUGCCUCUCACCAUCGUGGUGAUCCUGGAGAACAUCUCAGUAGCCUGGAUCUACGGCAGCAAGAGGUUUAUGCAGGACCUGGAGGACAUGCUGGGUUUCCGGCCGAACGCCUACUACUUCUACAUGUGGAAGUACGUCUCCCCCAUCCUGCUCAUCAUCCUCAUCAGUGCCUCCAUCAUCGAGAUGGUCCUCAAGCCACCUGGCUACAACGCCUGGGUACAGGACCUGGCCAUGGAGCAGUUCCAGAGCUACCCCACGUGGGCGCUGUGCAUGUGCUUCGCCCUGAUGAUCGCCGCCAUGCUACCCUUGCCGCUGGUCUUCAUCGCGCGCCACUUCCACCUGAUCCCCGACGGCUCCAACAAGCUGUCCGUCUCCUAUAAGAAGAGCAUGAUGAAGGACAUGUCCAACCUGGAGGAGGACGAGUCGCGCUUCAUCCUGGGCGGCAAGAACCCGGCCGACACGCCCUCGCCCAUGCCCACGCACCGCGCCUACCUGGGGCCCGGCGGCAACUCCUCGCCCAUCGAGCUCACCACCACCUCCAUCUCCACCCACGGGGUGGGGGUCGGCUACGGCACCAGCAGCACCACCAACACCAACGCCCAUCUGAAUGUGAACGCCAACGCAGCUGGAGGAGGAGCAGGCACGGGGCCCAAGACCGACUUAUGA